AUGCUGUUGAUGGGUUCACAGAAACUCACUUAUGAGAUCGACCAAAAGCACAAGUACACAUCUCGCCGGACUCAUGACUUGGCUCUUCUUACCGAGGCUCGUCGUCUAAAGAGCAUUGCCAUAUACCUGCCUGAGUCUUCCAAGCUGUACAUGCGACGUAAGCAUGAACCACCACAGAUCAUUGCCCAUAUGGCAAACAAGACAGAACUGCAGCCAAACUUCAGAGUAGCUCGCGCUCUGCGCACCUUGCAAGGAGUAGAUUAUUUCUACUGUCUUCGUGGUGUUCAAGAGAUAACCUUCUGGGACUAUGACAAGUGUACAGCAGGGCAGAAGGUGCCAGUUCGUGACUGGACCUUUGUCCGCGAUAUCAACGAAUCCGUGCGUCGUGAGAAGACGCACGAUGAUGCUCACUUCUCUGAGCUCCGUUAUCUGGCGCCAAUUCUAGAUGACUUACGUCCUUCGACAAAUCUUGCUAGGAUACUUGAGGCAGUCGUGAACCCUCCGUCUCCGCCUACAGGGCUCCUGUCGCCGCCACCUGAAAGUGAAAGUCUGUACCCACAUCCUCAGAGCCCGGUAAAUCUUAACUCUGAUGACGAGGAUCAGAGUGAGGAAGAUUCUGAAGCUACUUCAGAUGACGACGAGGACGAUUCAGACUCUGAUGACGAUCUCGACCAAGAUUUCGGCAAUGGCGAUGGUGGCGGCGAUGGUGGCGGCGACGGUACUGUAGGUGCUGACCACGAUAAUAGAAGCCAUUCUGCACACAGCGAGUCUCCCGAGCCCCAUGGAAAUGCGAAUGAUCAAGAAGAAGCGGACGUUCUUCAAUUCUUGGGUGGGUCCUGGAAUGAUUUGGAAGAACACAAGUACGAGCCCAGUUCAAGCAAUGAAGUCUGGUCUGAUAAUGGGGCAAGUUACGAUCUCCUGAGUGAUAGUGAGGAUGAGGAUGGCGAGUCUGGAGCAGCCGAUGAUGAGAACGAAGACGACGAGUCUGGGGUAGUUGAUGCUGAGAACGAAGACGACGAGUCUGGGGUAGUCGAUACUGACCAGACUGCUAUGCCCCCGCCGCCAGCUCCUAUUCAGGACCGAGCCUCUGAGGAUGCACAAGGACAGCAACGUGAACAAAGAGAGCGGUCCGGUUCUCUCUUUGUAAGGAGUCCUGAACGAAAGCAGCAAGCUGAGUUUGUCACGAAGGUCGAGACACCAUCACCAUCUCGACCAUCGCCGCCUCGACCACAACCAUCAAACCCUACUCAGAGCGUUGCUGACCGCUUGGGUUCAAGCAGCAGAGCAGUCCAUGAUGAGGUUACUCCUGUGAGACACACUCGCGAGGAGAGUGACUUGUUUGUCAGCCCUACUCCUUAUGGCAACAUUGUUCCUCAACCUCAAGUUGGAGAUCGGGCAUCACCAAUUGAUCUCACUGAAGAUCUAAACUUGGUAACCUCUACUCGACCUUCACACUCCAGCUCGCCUGACCAGGGUCAGGAUCGGGGACAUAACAAACGACGACGGGACGUUUUCACCAGCGAUUCUAGCGAGGAGAAUGAUGUCGACGACAAGGAUGAUUGUAUCUAUUUGGGGACAUCUCCCAAACGUCCUCGCACUGAUGACGGUAGCGAUUGA